AUGAGUGACCGCAGAUGUUUUGAAUCUUUAGACAGGACACUGAGAGAUGUUCUAGGGGAAACAAUGAAGCUAUUUGGGGGCAAAUCUAUACUACUUGGUGGAGAUUUCAGACAAACACUUCCGGUGAAACCAAAAGCAUCGCGUUCCGAGAUUAUAGACUCUACGUUGCCUAGAUCAUAUUUAUGGGACAACUUUACAGUUUGCAGGUUGAACGAGAACAUGCGAGUAGCGACAAGUACACAAAAUUCACAAGACACACAAGUUAUUUCGCAUUUUGCCUCAUGGUUGCUAAGUGUGGGAGAUGGUGUGGUCGGUCAACCAGAUGUCGAUGACCCUUGCAACGCACACAUCAUUCAAAUUCUGCCAAAAUUUCUAAUACAUCCAGAACACAAUGGGCUUGAUUCUUUAAUUCGCUUCAUCUAUGACGACACCGUUUUUACCAACCCAUCGGCGGAAAACCUAUCUGACAGAGCAAUCGUUUGUCCAAGGAACGACACAGCUGAACAAAUCAAUGAAUUGGUACUUAAACUGACACCCGGAGAAUGUACAUCAUAUAUUAGUGUUGACCCAAUGAUCCCACAUGCACAAAAUAGAGGUGACAUAGACAUUUUGUAUCCUCAGGAAUAUUUAAAUCAGCUAAAUUUCAACGGACUUCCACCACAUAAGCUUAAUCUAAAGCUUUUGUUAAAAAUAUACUGCUAG